AUGCCUCGCCCGGAGAUCUACUUCGAGGGAGAGUCGGAGGAGUCCGACUUCUCGGAGACUGACAUGUCCAUCCGCGGCCGCAACGGCCGUACAUCCUUCCACCGCCGCUCCGUUUCCCGCCACCGCCGUCCGGAGGUCGCAAGAGAGGCCUAUUUGGCUCCAGUGCAGCAGACUACACGAGUGUACCGAUCAGCCUCAACAGGCGGCCGCCGACCGCGCGAGCGUGAAAGCACUCCGGCGGUGAUGAUCGUGAAUGAGCAGGCGACCCGCACCAGCAACGCCAACACCAACAAGCCUCGAAGAGUACAGCAGAGGGUGUACGAUGAAUCUGAUGAGGAGAUCCCGCGCUCGUCACGACGACGUGCCGCCAGCGGCGUCUCUCGUGAAGCAUCACCCCUCCAACAGCAACGCGACUAUGAGCUCCUGAUGAGCCAACGCUUGCUUGAGAAGAGUGAUCUCCAUCAGGAUAUGGAGAUCUGGAAGCAUCAGCAGGAGAUCGAGCGUCUGGAACGAGAGCUUGAGAGGACUCGUGAGAAGAGCACGACGCCACGCCAAAUCGUUGCUGCACCUGUUGCACCUAUUGCACCUGCACCCCCGCCUCCGCCUCCCGCCCGUGAGUCCCGUCUGCUGCGCGACGAGGAGGAGUGGUAUGAGGAGGAGAUUAGUGAACGCCUGCGUCGCUUACAGCGAAUCGAGCGCAAGAACCGAGCCGAGGAGGAACGAAAGCAGGCGGAGCACCGUUGGCGACUUCAGAAAUUUGAGGAGGCGGAGAAAGAGGCAGCCAAUCGGGAAGAGUUGAAGGCUAAGCUGAAGGCCGAGAAGUUGAAGGAGAUUGAGCGGCAACAGGAGGAGGAGAAGGAGCGUGAGAGGAUUAGACGCGAGCUCGAGCAGCAAAAGAUGAAGGAGCUUCAGAAGGCGAAGGAGGAAGAGGAGGAACGGGAGAGGCUUAGGAAGGAGAUUCUCGCGGAGGAGGCUCGCAAGGCUGCGGAGGCUGCCGAGGAGAAAAAUAAGGAGUUGGCUUUGAAGGCGGCUGCUGUCGCGGAAUGGAAGGCCGAGCAGGAGCGUAUUGCUCAGCAGAAGAAGGAGGAAGAUGAGAAGAAAGAUAAAGAAUUCCGCGAGCGACUGCGUAUCGAGUUCGGAUACUCCGAGGAAGAGAUCGAGGAGAUCCUCAAGAAGAGAAAAGAAGGCAAGAAGGAAGAAAAAGAACAAAAGAAGAUCGAGGUGGAGGAGACUAAGAAGACCACAUGGAUCAAGGUCCACCGCAAGCACCUUCUCCCUGAGACUCUGAUGGCUUACAGUCUGCCUUGGGACUGGGAUGAGCGCGACACCAACUACAUCAUCAUCAAGCGUUGGAUCACAGAAGACUUCCAAGAAGAGCUCUUCGCGCACACACGCCGCCUACGUGAAGGCAAAGUCAUCGCGCAAACCUCCAGCUCAACCACCGAGCUCAGGGUCAACGACCGCAACAAGGACAAGAUGUACUUUGUGCGCAAGAAGAGCCCAAGGUUGCGCAUUUUCGCAUGA